AAGGAAACUGCUUUGCAAAUCAUCAACUUUCUCAAAUCCUCUGUGGAGAAGAAGGAAGUGAACGAGGAUUAUGUCGAUUCCAUUGACGUGGCUAUCGACUGUAUUGCCGAUGCGUUUGAAGUCAACAAAGAAGAGGACUCUGCCACUGUGAAGACGUCCUUCCGCGGCAAAUCGCUACAGGAGAUCCUCUCCGAGUUCAAGGACCAGGAGCCAGCCGGCGAGGCACAAGUUCCUGUUCACGUGGAGCAUGACGAGGAAGUUGUGAAGAAAGCGGACGAGUUGAAGCUCGAAGGUAACAAGGCCAUGGCCCGCAAGGACUUCCAAGGCGCCGUUGAUAAGUACACAGAGGCUCUUGAGCUGACCCCUAAGAAUGUUAUCUACUUGUCCAACAGGGCUGCUGCCUAUUCUUCUUUGAGAGACCACGAGAAGGCCAUUGAGGAUGCCAAUGCUGCCAUUGCCAUCGACCCAUCGUACUCUAAGGCUUACUCCAGACUAGGGCUUGCGUACUACGCGCUAGGGAAGCCAAAGGACGCUCUCGAGGCUUAUAAGAAGGGCAUGGAAUCUGAGGGUGACAAGCCAACGGAGUCUAUGAAGAAAGGUUACGAAACUGCAAAGAAGAAAGUGGAGGAGUCUUUGAACGUGGCUGCUCCUGAGCAGCCUUCCACCACUGACAGAUCUACACCAAGUGCCAGUGCCAGUGCCAACUCCAGCACUGGUGCCGGAGCUGGUGGAUUACCAGAUUUGGGCGGCUUGGCUUCCAUGUUGGGUGGUGCCGGCGGACUUGAAGGUAUACUCAAUAGCCCAAUUGCUCAGCAGAUGAUGCAAGAUCCAAACCUCAUGAGUAACCUCAUGAACAACCCUGCUCUUUCCCAAAUGGCUCAGAACUUUGGUGCUGGAAACGGCCAGAUGCCAGACUUGAACUCCUUGAUGAACAAUCCAAUGCUCAGAAACUUGGCCAACCAGUUCAUGCAAGGU